CGACGGUGCAUCGUCGACAUCCAUCUGCCCUUACUACCACCUCUCGAGCUCGCAGGUGGCCCUGCAUGAGAUAGGCGCGCAAUGUCGGACGACCACCACUUCGUCGUCCCGGCACUACCGCCUCACGUCACCAGGGGACGAAGGCGCGACUCGCUCCUUGGCAGGGGCGAUGGCUCCGGCGGUCACUCAGCACGCUCGCCCUCCUCGUCAUCGCAGUCGGCCAGACCGCCUAGCGCUCGUUGGCCAUGGAGCCCACAAACUCCCUCAACUCCCCAGUCAAGGCGCAUCUCCUACUAUGAUCCGCAAGCGCAGGAUACGCGCCCCUACUGGGGCGGCAACGGCGGAGGCUAUCCUGCUCCAAGCGGAAGCAGCCGUCAUCGUGAGGACCUCAUCUACCAUCCUGGCACGCCAGAGUCUGUCAGGCACGUCUACGAGAACUUACGCACGCGCCAUCGAUCCGAAUCGACCUUCAGCUGGUCAGAGCCAAUGGCAAGAGGAUCGAAACGCAUCGACCGUCACCCUCCAUACCAGCACCCUCGCCGACCUAUCGACCCCUUUGCCGCUCUUCGAGCGCUCGGAGGUCGUCCGCUCACCCAGGAAGACGUGAAAUGGCUCAUGGCUGCUUCUCCUGAUGCCAGAAGCGCUGAUCGCGGCAGUGUGAGGCCGGCGCAUCGAAGAAGCAACAAUGGCUCGCAGCGAGAGACGGACUCCGUCGAGCCAGGCGCGGGUAACGUCGUACAGGAGCAGAGCAAUGAAGAGGACGAGGACGACUUGGGUGGUUUGGGAGCAAUGGAUCAUUCAGCUGGCGACCCUCCACCCUUGGACGGCCUGCCCCCCGAUGAAGAGGCCGAUGAAGAAGAGGAAACCCCACCAACGCCCCCUCUUGCCUCCGAAGCCUCGCAACUCUCGCAAGCCGUUUCGCGUCCCAUCAUCUCCCAAUCUGUCAAAUACCUCGAAGGCUGGUUCCUCACCCGCUCGCAAACUGCUCGUAUUCCUGCUCAAGUCCUUCAACGUCGCCCCGACGCAGCAGCGCUCAAGCAGUGGAUCUACGUGGAGGGAUUCAAGCGCGAGGACGAAGACAGGGUGCAGUGGCACUCCACCCCCAUUGCGGUGCGACGGGAGGCCCAUCUGGUCGAGACGCAGACGGGGUCUCUGUACGGGCUUGUGGGGCCCGCUGACAGACACAGGACCAGGCAGCAGGGCCUGUCUGCAAGGACUGCUGAGGCGUUUAGCAAAGGCUUUCCCGACGACUGGAUCGACGUGCUCGUCGAUGAUUUGCUCGGCUUGGAGGAUGUGGACGGCAGGGAGGUGUCUACGCCGAAGCGUAUUGGGAAGGCAAAGACCAACAGGACGCCUGCGCAAUCACAGCGUCGCCAGCAACAGCAAAAGCCUCAGCUGCGCAACAAGCCCACACCAGCAAGGCGAGGGGACGUCUUCGAUGCGAAUGAUGAUACUGGCCCCGAUCUUGUUCCGUCGGAAGAUGAGCCCAACGAGCUCGCAGACGACCUGAAUGGUACAUCGCCGAUGAUGGGAACCGAGAGCGACGAAGACUACAACGAGGGCGAGGGCGAGGGUCAGGAUAUCGACUUGAGCGAUGACGAGCUCGAUUCACCGUUGCCGGCUGUAGCAGCUCAGACUGCACAGAAGCGGCGCGGCGUCCUCUCAAAGGCCAAGCAGACUCCAACCAAACGCGUACGUAUCGCUGUGCCCGCGGGAGAGCCCGACCGCACAGAAGCAUCUUCGAUGCAGCCCGACGAAGCACGAAGCACGACGCCGUCUACCUCGCCUAAGCAGUCACCACCUGUGAGGCGAUCUCCACGACGUCGUGCUUCGUCCGUGCGAGGCAGGCCUGGAAGCGGUGCUACUGGGCGCAGGCCUGCCUCCUCGUCUUCCUCAUCGUUGCCACAGCCGACGCAACAAUCGCAAUCGCAGCCCCAGAAGAGAUCCGCUCCGCCCUCGUCAACCUCCAAGAAUUCGCGUUCCAAUCGAAACAGCGGGAGUGGCAGCACUAUGGUCACGAUCACAGCUACAACUACCACCAGAGUCAAGAAUGUGCGUGGUGUGGAGCGCGAGCUCAUGAGGUUGGGCAUGUCUCCCUUUGGAUAUAUGAGAACGGUCAAGGAUGCAAUCAGGGAUGCGAGUCAGCAGGGUGCGGGGAGCCCCAGCCAAAGCCAGCCAAAUGCUCAAAGCAGUCAGGGGCCAAGGAAGACUACGACAUCGACGAAGAAGUGGCUGUCUCCCGCACAGAAGAGAAGAAAGGCGAGGGAGGAAAGUGACGACUCGUGGGAUGAAGCUGAAGAGGAGCAGCGAGAGAAGAGGGCAUCGCAGAGCAAGGCAGCUCGCGGCCGCGUCAGCACUGGCAGCCAGUCACAGACCAAGUCUAAACCAAAGGCCUCCGCAUCGUCUCAGGCUACUCUCUCUCAGCGUCUAGGCGAUGACGAAUCGGAUGAGGAGCCCACCCAACAGCCGCGAGCGGCAGGACAGCGUACCCCUCGCUCUGGACGCAAGCGCAUUGCCAUUCCCGACUCAACGUCGCCGGAGCAUGAAGAGGGGGCGACUUCGCAGUCGCCUGCAACUAAGCGCGCCAAGCGCGUCGUGGCGUCAUCCGAUGACGAGUAUGACGAGGAUGGGGAGACGGAAUUCGACGACGCCGAGGAGUGGGACAGGAGCGAGCCGUAAGGCAUUCAGUGACACCAUGUGACGUCAAUUCAGUGGGUGCUACGAUGAUUCUUAUUGACACUGAGGCCGGACUACUCCGCAGGGAUGGUCUUCAGCUGCGAACAAAGGUCAGGAGGCAGCAGGUCAGCUCGCGAUCCUCUCUGAGCUCCGCUUCUCUUCUGUGGCGCCGGCACUCACCUGCAGCCCAUGAAUACCUCCAAUAAUGUCCUUGAGACAUUCAUUGACCAUCCUGUGCUGCUUUACCGUGUUCAGCCCUGCGAACUCCUUGCUGGCCACCACAAUCGCAUAGAAAGACCCGCAG